UUAAAGUUAAGGGGAGAGAGAUGGUUGCAGAAGCACUUGGAGUUCCAUUGAUGCCCAAUAAGGAUGAGAAUGAGGUUCCUUUGAUUCUGGGACUUCAACCGUCAGCUCUAGUGGACCAUGUGGCAAGGGUUGAUUCAUCUCUCCUUGAUCAUAUCCCUGGCGAGAGAGGUGGUUCUUCCCCGGUUGCGAUAGAAGAACUGGAAAAUAUACUUAGUGAGGUGAAAACCCGCUUUCUUCCAUCAAUAACUGACCUGGAUCGUAUAAAGACAAUUGCCGGAGGUAGUGUUGCGAAUACAAUUCGAGGUCUGGCUUCUGGAUUUGGGAUUAAAUGUGGAAUAAUUGGUGCAUGUGGGAAUGAUGAACAAGGCCAACUUUUUGUACAUAAUAUGACUUAUAAUGAUGUAAACCUCUCUAGAUUGAUGACGAAAACUGGUCCAACUGCACAGUGUGUCUGCUUGGUUGAUUCACUUGGGAACCGUACAAUGCGACCUUGUCUCUCAGAUGCUGUCAGACUUCAGGCAGAUGAGUUGACAAGAGAAACUUUUAGAGGAUCGAAGUGGUUGGCAUUGAGAUAUGGAAUAUACAAUUUGGAUAUUAUUCAUGCUGCUAUUAGGAUUGCCAAACAAGAGGGAGUUUCUGUCUCCUUGGAUUUGGCAAGUUUUGAGAUGGUUCGGAACUUUAGGGCACCCCUUCUGAAAUUACUCGAGUCUGGGGAUGUUGACCUCUGUUUUGCCAACGAAGAUGAAGCAACAGAGGUGGUUAGGGGCAACUCAGAUACUGAUCCUGAAGCUGCUCUGAGAUAUCUGGCAAAACACUGUCAAUGGGCUGUAGUGACUCUUGGUUCCAGUGGUUGCAUUGCCAAACAUGGCAAAGAGAUAGUCAGAGUUGCAGCCAUUGGUGAUGGAAAAGCAUCGGACGCUACUGGAGCAGGUGACCUCUUUGCAAGCGGGUUUUUAUACGGAUUGGUAAAAGGACUAAGCCUGGAGGAUUGCUGUGUGAUGGGCUGUUGUAGUGGUGGCUCUGUGAUUCGUUCCCUUGGAGGAGAAGUGUCGCCUGAGAAUCGACAAUGGAUGUAUAAGCAAAUGCAAAGUAAGGGCCUCCCUAUUCCUGACCUCUGCAACUAAUAUGGUUAAAACACUACUUGAGGAAGUGGCUGUCCAUAUGCUGACAAUUGACAUGAAGUAUUUGAAUAAGUGUAAGUGCACUUUCACAUCUAUGUCAUGUUAUAUGAAUUUCAUCUGUGUUCCUAGCAUUGUUGGAAGUAUUUUGGGUACGCACUUUGGGAGGGAUUGAGAUGCAGCAAUUUUAGCAAGAUUUGAAGUGAGUACACCUAAUUUUUUUUCCCCCUCUCUUAGAACUUAGUGGUAUUAUUAACAUAAAACGAACUGAAUUUUGAGGAAGAUGUCAUUGGUGGUGGUUUAACUUGGUCUAUAAUGUGUGGUUGUACUAUUUGGUACCAUUG